UUUAGCAGCAGACAGACGCACUUCUGAUUUCUUCAGGCACAAAGAAGAUGUGUUUGCUGAUGUUAUACUUCACCUGAAAAGGAAAAGAAAAUCCGUUACAGACAGAAGAGUGGAAAUAUGACUUGAAUUUUCCAACAGGGCUAUCACAGUGUAAUGUUUACUGCUACAGAUGCAGAAUGGCUGCUUCGGGCUUAUUUCCCUAUGCCUCCCACCAAAGGGACUAAGGGCCAAAUGGAGGUGGUCUCUUUGACAUCGAUACAAGUAGAAAAAGGCAUCCAGGAUGGCAAUCCAGCACACAACCAUUGCACCCUGCUCCUGUAUUCCCCCCUGGACCCAUGAUGUUCAUAUUCUACAGACCUCAUAAAGGAUUCUUCAAUGCUGUAAGUACUAGUAUCAGAUCUGCUCAAACAGAGCAUCAUGAAGAACAAGCAUAAAGAUUGAAUCCUAUUAAUCAUGGGCUUGGGAAGCUCCAAGCACAACAUCUUCUAAAUAAUUAGGGCCAAUAAAUAGGCUUUGCAUACUAAAUUAUGUCCAUGGUUUUAGGAUUCCUUUAUGAUGGAGAAACCCACUCAGCAUCCUAGUGAGGGUUUGUUUAAUCGAACUAUUGCAAACAGCAGCAACUCACCGUUUUCACACUUUGAUUCAUGUCAGCCUUCUUUCCCUGCAGUCUUCUUGCUCAUCACGGCUUAUACUGUCGUUACAAUAGUGGGGCUUUUUGGAAACCUUUGCCUGAUUGUUAUAAUAAAAAGACAGAAAGAAGCUCAAAAUGUUACAAAUAUUCUGAUUGCCAAUCUCUCCUUAUCCGAUGUCUUGAUAUGCAUCAUGUGCAUUCCUGUCACAGUUGCAUACACGUUGAUGGACUAUUGGAUAUUUGGCGAGGCUAUGUGUAAAAUCAGCUCUUUUGUACAAAGUACGUCUGUCACAGUCUCCAUAUUCUCACUUGUAUUAAUUGCUGUCGAGAGACACCAGCUAAUAGUGAACCCACGUGGCUGGAAGCCGAAUAUGUCACAUGCUUACUGGGGAAUUAUCUUCAUCUGGGGGGUUUCCCUUAUCAUAUCCAUUCCUUUUUUUAUAUUCCACCAACUAUCUGAUGAACCCUUUAAGAAUCUCUCUUACCACAGCGAUUUCUACACGAACAAAGUUGUUUGCAUUGAGGCAUGGCCAUCAGUGGCAGAGCGACUGGUCUUUACCACCAGUCUGCUGGUUUUCCAGUAUUGCUUCCCACUGGGCUUUAUUUUUAUCUGCUAUCUCAAGAUAUUUGUAUGUCUCCGGAGGAGACACGGUAAGGUGGAUGGAAUGAGGGAGAAUGAGAGCAGACUAAAUGAGAGCAAGAGGAUUAAUAUGAUGCUCAUUUCAAUUGUCGUGACCUUUGCAGCUUGCUGGUUGCCGCUAAACAUAUUUAAUGUCGUUUUUGACUGGAACUAUGAGGCCCUGAUGAACUGCCACCAUAACUUAGUGUUCACAUUGUGCCACCUGGUAGCCAUGCUCUCGACAUGUAUCAAUCCUAUCUUUUAUGGAUUUCUCAACAAGAAUUUCCAGAAGGAUUUAAUAGUGUUAAUUCACCACUGCAGAUGCUUCACAUCUCAGGAGGAAUAUGAGAACAUCGCCCUUUCAACCCUGAACACUGAUGUAUCCAAGGGGUCCUUGAAAUUAAAUAAUGCCCCUGUGAAUAGCUAAAAUAAUCCAGCAUGACAGUCUCCAAAACUCUGUAUUU